GAGAAACGGACGCGGAAGAAAAGCGAGGGACCAAGCAAUAAUGGUAGUUAAGUACCGUAAUAGAUAAGAGGGCGAAAGGGAGAGGGGAGAAAAGUGGGGAUAAAGGGCCGCUGGUAUAAGGAUGCAUCGAGGGCGCAGCUUGCAGGCACGAGACAAUACACGCUCGCGUGGAGUUGACCGACUGUUGCCGAACACCUGCUCCCUGGGCCGUUUACCCCCAACCUUUUAUGGAAAGGACGAUAUAAAACUGGUAGGGCAGCUGCCGCUUGGGCCAGUAAGCUCUCGAUGUUCGAACCUCGCGCGCGUUACGUUGAAAUUCGAAAUUGUGCAAGGUUCAUCGAUAGAAAAAUCGUGGAGCAAUCCGCGUGGACAAGAUGAGGCGCGAAGCGUGGUCCUGGUGGUUCAUCGUCGUGCUCAGUGUUGUGCAAAAAGAAACUCGCGGAGAAGACGUCGCGUUCGACGCCUUCGACGCGAUAAGAUCGCUAAGAGAACAAGUGAACGCUCUGCUCGAUCAUCGUCAACAGGAUUACGAUAAAUUGGAGAGCAGUCUGAAACGCGCGAUCGAAAAGAAUACAGAGUUGUUCGUCCUCAAGGACGAGGUGAAGCAACUCAGAAAAGAAGUGAUCGCCCUACGAGGUGGUGGUAACGGAAACGAAGCGAAGAACGAAAGACUACGAGUACGAUGGCUAGGAAACGCGGUGACGGAGCUUCAGGGCGAAGUGGCGGAGGUUCUCCGUGCAAGGAACGCGAGCGAAGAACUGGCGGAGAGAUCCAGACUGAGAGGAGAGCUGGCACUGGUGAGGGGUGACGUUGGAGCAGUCGGCAGAGGAAUCCGAAAUCUCGGCGGUAGAAUCGCGAAGAUCGAAGCGGUUCUGGGGACCAUUCGAGUGGACAUCGCGGCGGUCAAGGAACGCAUCGGCCUGCUUUCUCGCAGCUGCGCCGAUAUCGCCAGUCAGCUGAGUACGGUGCAGAUCGAAGUAAAAUCCCUGCGGUGCGAAUCGUCGGACAGGAAUUCUGGAAUCCGCAGAGACAAAGAAGAGAAAAAGGGCGGAAGGGAGCUGACAGAAGAGGAGGCAACGAAUCGAGUCGAUCGGCGAGCAGAUUACGAAAUACAAAGCGGAUUCGCGAAGAGACAUCGAACGAGAGUCGUCGACCGUCUGAAGAGUCUAGAACGCAAAGUCUCGUCGGCGGCGCGGAGACGAAUCGCGUUGGAGAAGCGCGUAGCGUACGAGACCGAGCGAUGGUCCACGUUGAACGAUCGCGUGGACGGUUUAGAGAAAGUCCAAGUAGAAUUGUCGCGACAGGUUUCGAACGCUAGCGAGAACGCGACGUCGACGAAGAUGCUCGGUGAAUCACUAGGAUCGCGGCUGAUCGAGUGGCUAAGAAGCCUGGAGGAAGCCGUCGAGGCUAAGGACUCGUCGACGAAGAGGGAGAUAGCGCGUCUGGAUGCGAACGCCGCGAGAAAAGCGGCGGAGCUGUCGUUGACUAGGGAGGAGCUCGGUAAUCUGCGUCGCACGGUGCAAGCUUUGAGCGUGAGCGCGUCGAAGCUGCAGGAAAGAAGCGACGAGCAGCGAGAGGCGAUCGAUCGCUUGAACCGAUCGAGUGUUUCAGAGGUGUCUGUCUCAUUCGACGAGGCGGAGCGACUGGACGACAAGUAUCACUUGAUAGGUGACGAUCUUCCGGCGAACUGCGAUCAGGGGAAGAGCGAGGACGGUCCGAGGCUGUUAAGAACGACGGGCAAGCAACGUUCGAAGCCGAUGCUGGCGUUCUGUCGCAAAGGGUGGAUCGUCGUUGCUCGAAGGAUUGAUGGGAGUUUGGACUUCGAUCGCAGUUGGAACGACUACUCUGUAGGCUUCGGGUCGCCGGUCAGCGAGUACUGGAUCGGCAACGAGAUGCUUCACCGCCUCACGCGGGAUAACUGCAGCAGCUUGCGAGUGGACUUGUUAGACAUCUACGGAGAACGGUGGCGGGCCGAGUACGAACGCUUCGCAGUUGAAUCUAAGGAAACCGGCUACAAAUUAAGGAUUUACGGCUAUCGUGGAAACGCGAGCGACGCGCUGUCUUAUCAGAACGGCAUGCCUUUCAGCGCCAAGGACCUCGACAUGGACGCCAGCGCGACCCACUGCGCCAGAAACUACCAUGGCGGGUGGUGGUUCAGUCGGUGCCAGCACGCCAAUCUGAACGGCAAAUAUUCGUUGGGUCUGACGUGGUUCCGCUCCGACAGCGAUCGGUGGAUGUCGGUCGCCUCUGUGGAAAUGUCGAUCCGUCGCGACCCUGACUGUCGAGCGCGGUAACGAUGCCGAUACCGAACCUCCCUCUCGAUGCCAAAGACUUUUCAGCGAUGCCGUCCAACUCCGACCACGAUCGAUCUUGAUCAACGUUCGCUUCGUUAACGCGUUAGUUAACGAGUCGAACGAGCUUCGUUGUUUGUGAAGACUUCGGUCACUCGAUCGUACUUCUUUUUAUAACCAGGGCCCGACUACCUCGUUUCGGAGUUAAAUUUGGUCAAUCUAUCGAUGUGUGAUUUUGUGGAUUUAAAUAUAUUUUUAAGGGAGUCAGGAUUUUGAUGAUCUUGAGAUAUGUUAAGAUGAGAUGAUUUGAGGUAUAUUAAGAUGAGAUGGUUUGAGGUAUAUUAAGAUGAGAUGGUUUGAGAUGUAUUAUUGUAUUGGCCGGAUUCUUCUGGUUUUUUAGACAGUCACAGAAAUAUGUAUACUGUAAAAUUUUACAUAUGUAGUCUUCAGAUGUAUUGGCCGAGUCUAUCUUGUAUAAAGAAAUAUGAUAUGGAGUGUACAGUUUUAAGUUGCAACUUAAUUACUGAACUCUUUAUAUCAUUGAAUGUAUAUAUUCAAAGAAGAACAGAGAUAUAUUUGAAAAUAUAACUGAUUUUGUUUAGCUAUUCUCUUCAUCUAUAUUAGAGUAUGUACAUCAUUUUAAAAAAUCAUCUUAUCUAUCCACACACACAAUAUCCAAAUUCAAUGUUCUUUUAAAUGAAGUCGCACGUGAAAAAAUAUUCUACUUUAUUCUUGUAGAUUCACACUAUGUAUAUGUAUAUGUAUACAGAUUCCUGUAAAUCUGUAUAUGAUAACUACGUUAUACGUCUUACUUCUUCCAUCAAGAACGGUCCUCGACUUCCAAAAUCAUAUAACAAUUUUAUUACAAGAUAACAAUAUCACAUCGAUAGGUUCGCCUCAAAUUCUAUCUAAGAACGUUUCACUCAUAUGUACUUGUACAAUGUUGCGACGAACAUCGCAGUUAAAUAAAGAGUUAACUCUGUU